GGCGCAACCUCCGUUCCUUCUUUCACCACCGCACUCCUCCACUGACCACUUAGACACUGGCCAAGGUGCCAGUGCGCCAUUCCACUCGCAAUGGUAUCCUCAUUCUGCUGGAGCUGCCUGACACGGCUCCCAACAGCGUCCCCCCGGCCCAUGCUUCCGCCGACCUUGACAGCACAGCGAGUCGCGGCGUUCCACACGUCGAGUCCACUUUUGGCAAUGCCUCCGAAGAAGAAGGCAUCUGGUCAACAACAGGGUCCGAAGCAUCGCACAGCGACGACUUUCAAGAUGAAGAAGAGAAAGGUCACUGACAGAGUGCGCCCUCCUCCCGUCGGGGAGCGGAGAGCACUCCGGAAACGCAUUGUCCUCAGCAACCCUAAUGCCCUCGAAGUUGCAGACAUGCAGGAUAUCUCUGCGGAAAACAUGGUGGACUCUCGGCUUCGUGGAUCUAUUCUUGGCUUGCCCGUGCCCAUGCUGGAUCAAUUGAGAGCUGUUCAGGCCUUCAAGCCCAAACAAGGCUGGUCUAUCUUUCGCCGGCCCGGCACCGUGACGAGACGGGAAACUGUCGAACUUGGACGGUUGAUCGAUGGUAUCUCCGAUAAACCUGAGGACAGGGGCAAGGUAGUCAAGAGAAUCGUCACUGGACCCCAAGGUACCGGAAAGACAGUUCACCUCCUUCAGGCCAUGUCGAUGGCCUUCACCAAGGAAUGGGUUGUUGUGACUGUUCCUGAAUGUCAGGACUUGGCUUUGGCCAACACUAGCUACGCGCCCCUUUCGGAGAAGAACCCCAACGUAUAUGUUCAAAACCAGGCCACCGCCGCUCUCUUGUCCCGCACUGUGACCGCCAACCAGAAAGUUCUCUCUAAGUUGAAGGUCUCUCGUGAACAUCCUGCCCUCAAGUCUCCCGUGAAGCGCGACACGACACUCGAGGCUCUCGCCAACCUUGGGAUUCAAGACCCUGCCUCCGCCUGGCCCGUCUUCCAGGCUUUGUGGACUGAGCUCACGGCUACAUCCCCCGCCACUGGCUUCGAGAAGGACUUCGCCUCUCGUCCUCCUAUGCUCGUCGCCGUCGACGGUUUAGCCCACUGGAUGAAGGAGACCAAAUACCGCACUGCCAAGUACGAGCUCAUUCACGCUCAUGACCUUGUUUUCGUCCAGCACUUCCUCUCUCUGCUGAAGCCCGGCAACAACCAGCAGUCCGUUCUGCCCAACGGUGGUAUCCUGCUCUACGCCACCUCCGCCUCCAACAGCCCUGGUGUCUACAGUCUUGAUGUUGCCCUCAAGCGGGUGGCCGCUCGCCAACAGGGCGUGUAUCCUUCCAGCCCGGACUACCCCAUGCCCACCGCCUUCAGUCAACCUGACGAGCGUGUCCUAACUGCGUUUGAGUCUCCCAAGUCCUCUGUUUCCACAGAGGGAACCCUGACGCUUCAGACCCUUGCCGGUAUCUCUCGCGAAGAAGCCCGGGGCUUCAUGGAGUACUUCGCGCGCAGCGGUCUUCUGAGACAGCAGGUUAGCGAAGAAUGGGUCAAUGAGAAGUGGACUCUGGCUGGUGGCGGUGUGAUCGGCGAGCUUGAGAAGCUGGGAAGACGUCUCACAGUGCCUGCCCAGGUCUAAAGAUUGUUCAGUGAACGAUUAGCAGGGAGGGAAGCUUGAGACGAUCAGUAUUCAUCGCUCCCCCAAGAUACUUACCACUGACACAUCUUGUCAUACGGGGCGAUUUAUGUAUGUGUAUGUAAAGUUUCAUGCUGGUUUUCCUUUUUCUGGCCCACCCUCACACCCAUCGGCCUGUGAUGCUCUGGAUAGACUACCAAGUUCUUUCUCCCGUGGGUCGUUGUUAUACGGCUUUCUAAAGAUAAACACUGUAUUUUAUAUGAUUGGGUUUCAUUUGUGUGUUUGGCUUGAUUUUUUUUAUUGUGUGUGCAUAUAAUGGAAUUUUGUUUUGAC